AUGACCACUGUCACAGAGAGCUCCCCAUUACCGUUGUGGGCUGAUGAACGAUGUUCGGCGGACGAGCGGCUGACACCUCUGUUGUCCUUGGCCGCAGUAAAGGAUGAGGACGUGUGGACCGCGGGGACACAGGCUCAGGACCUGUCCAUCAUCCCGUCCACAAGAAACUCAUAUUUUGUCCCCCCUGACUCCCAAAGCUAUCUUUCCUGUUCUGGCUUCCUCUUUAUCCAGUCAAUGGAAGUCUCUGGUCAGGGUGGCGUUGAUAUUGUCAUUAAUCCUGUGCUGCUGAAUGCUGCCCUUGCCUUUCACCUGAGGGUAUAUCUACAUCUCAACAGACACAGUCAGGGAGCCUCGCUCCCCCAGAGGCCACGCCUGGAGCCUCAAAGGCUAAUGUACAGCAUAUGA